AUGCUGUCCGUUGGCCCGACGGAGCCGUGGUCAUUGAGGGAGAAACUAUGCCUAGCCUCCUCUGUAAUGAGGAGCGGAGACCAAAACUGGUAAACAAACACUACUUAUUUCAGUCUGUCACUGAUUGCAUUUACAUGUUUUUUUUCUUCUUUCUAGUGUAUAUAGUAAACUCUUCUACAUGGUAAUUUGUGUGCUUGAUUGUCCUCCUGCCACUGUCUGCCUUUCAGGGUGUCAGUCAGCAGAGCCAUCAAGCCUUUCUCAGAGCCAGGCCGCCCUCCAGACUGGUUCUCCCAGAAGGUAUGACAGAGACAACAUGCUUGUCCCCAUUUCAUAGUCAGACUCACUGUGACACAAAACAAUUAAUCUCUUUCAUGAUGAACAAAGUUGAAAGGUCAGCUACUAUAUAUCUAACUUGCUCUCUGUGUCUCUGAACCCCACAGCACUGUGCCUCUCAGUAUUCUGAACUGCUGGAGACCACAGAGGCUCCAAAGUGAGUACACAAACACACAUUUUAUCUGCUUUAUUUAAGUAUUCUGUUGCGGAGGCAGCACUCCAGCUGUCGUCAGAGCGCUUCAUGUGUCUGAUGUACGGCACUGUUUCAGGCGUAAGCGUGGGGAGAAGGGUGAGGUGGUGGAGACCAUCGAGGAUGUGAUCGUACGGAGACUCACCGCCGAGAGGAUAGAGGAGCUGAAAAAACGACUGAGAGACACACAGGACAAAUACAGGUCAAUACACACAGGCACACUCGCUCACACACACAUACAAAUGUAGUCACACACACACACAGUGGACCCUUCACUAUCAAUACAUAGCCAAAAUGUAUCCCUGUUCAAAGCCAUUAUAAAUGACCGACAUGCUCCAUACACUCUAUUUACCAUGCUUGACCUUUGGCCCUGUAUUUCCUGUUUUGACAGAAAGCUGAAGAAGGAGGUGGAUCUGAUCCAAACAGGACAUCUGGACUCCCGGCUGGAGGAGCUGUGGACAGACAUAACACAGUAAGAAACCGGUCUGUCUGUCUCUCGGUUUGUGUCUGCAUGCCUGUCUGUCCAACAAUAUGUCUUUCUGUUUAUUUGUUGUAAACACUACGUUGUUAUUCAUAGUGUACUUUCUGAACCAGAUUUAGUAGUGAAGAUUGUGUUUCAUGAUUAAAAUUGUUUGGCAGGAAAAAGAAGCAGGAUGAGGAUGAGGCAGAUCUUAAGAGGAAGGCCACAGAGACAGCCUAUCAGGGUAAGCUUUGACCUAAUAAUAAUAAUCCACCUUUUGGGCACCACUGAUUUGACCAAUGAUUAGGCUCAGGAACUACCGGUAAUAAUAACCCAUUCUUCUUCUCUCUGGUUUCAGCUCGACAAGCGGUUAAGAACACGCCCAAGCGGGUGCCCAGUGUCACUGUACGCUCCCCUCUGAGUGCCACGAGCAUGGAGGAGGCACAGACAGACACCCCGACACCCCCAACAGAUACAGCCAUGCCCCAGGCAGAGGAGACCUCUGGCGCCAAUGUGGUAAGGGAAGGGUCUUUGUCCUGGUCACCAUAACACUGUAUGCAUAAAGCACUUGUGUUAUAAACUUUAGAGAUGUUUUUGUACUGUUUUGAGUGUCUCUUCUAGCUGGUUGUUGCUAGUCUCUUGUUGUCAUGGAGGAAUGGUCAGUGAAUGUGUUUUUUCCCCCACUCUGUACAUGUAUGCCCAGGGGGUGGCCGUGUUCCUACCGUCGUCGGACGCUCCAAUGGCGGGGCCUGAGGAGAGAAGCCUGGGGUCUCCGGUAGAUGACUCCCCACAGAAGAGGCUCCUCAGUCAGAAGUCCACGCCGCCUCCCUCACCUCUCCUUUCAGAGCUGCUGAAGAAAGGAAGCCUGAUCUCUGCUAGCCCCAGACUGGUGAGAAAUACACUACAAAAGAAAGUUGGAAGAGGGAUUAAAAAACAGGAUGAUUUGUGGUAAUAAGGGAUGAAAGUAUUUGGAUUAUAUUGGGUUGUAUUGGGUGGAUCUGUUUUAAGGGAGAGGGUUCAGAUUAAGUUUGACUUCACAAGCUACUGGUGUCAGGGAAAUUCCUGUCUAUACUAUGCUGUUGUACAUCCUACUAAGCUGCUCUGUAAAAACAGCUGAUUUAGAAAUAUUUAGUACAGGGAAUCGGGGAUAUUGUGUGUUGAUGAUGUAAUAUUGUCAGGUAGUGGAGGGGGAUGUUGCUGCUGCAGGACUGGCUAACGGAGGAGUUCCUACUACAACCCCCGCUAUCACAGCAGGCAUUGAGGCUGCCAGUGCAGGUAACUAUGGCAACCGUGAUGUAACCGCUCUGGCUGGCUGGCUGUUAUGUGUUUGGCUUGAUGUGCAUGUUAGGAUGCUAAGUAUUAGUGCUGUAUGUGCUUUAAAUGUGUUAGAAGCAAAGUGUGUGUCUGUGUCCUUUAUUAGAUGUACUUUGUUGUGUCCAAUGGAAACAGUGCCCCCCCCCCCCAUGCCCUGCCCCACCCAACACAGGUUAAUACUGUCCCUCGUCUGUCUGUCAGUGUUUCUCUCUAAACCCAGCUGUCUCUCCCUUCCAUCUAGAAAAGGGAAGGAAUAUCUAGUAUAUAAAGAGGAACCCUCAUCUGAUUUCUACUCAGUGAGACCAGUGUACCGUUGGUGGUGACACGUGCGUGAUUCUCUGUCUGUCUUUCUCUCUCUGUGUCUGUGUGUUCAGUCAGAGAGGCAGGCUCAGAGGUGGUGAAGGUGGAGCUAGUGAUGGAGCCAGGGCUAGUGGAGGAGGACAAUGUACCUGGUUCCUACAUGGGGGACGAGCUGGACCUAAGAGAUAUCAUCGCCAUCAUAGAGGAGAAGGUACAUGGUGUGGGGGGGGGGACUUUGAGAGGGUGGGAUACAGCUUUUGACCUAGAUAUCUCUGUAGUAAGCGGACUUGUUUGUGCGCACUCAUCACAGUCCUCUCUGUCUGUCUCUCUCUGUCUCUCUCUGUCUCUCUCUCUCUCCUCUUUCCCUCUCUCUCUUCUCUCUUCUCUCUCUCUCCCUUCCCUCUCUCCCUCUCCUCCUCUCUCAUCUCUCGUCUCUCGUCUCUCUCCCUCCUUCCUCUUCUCUCUCCAUCCUCUCUCGCUUCUCUCUCUCUAUGUGUCCUCUCUCUCUCUCUCCAUCGUCUCUCCUCUCCUCUCUAUCUCUCUCUCUCUCUCUCUUCUCUCCAUCUCUCUCCCUUACUCUCUCUGCUCAUCACUCUGUGCAGUCUCUCUCUGUGGAGCUGCUCUAAUGCUGCAGCAGUGGAGGCUGCUCUCUCUCUCUGUGAGGAGGCUGUUUCUGCUGGCCACUCCCUCUCAGGCCCAUGGGAGGCCCAGGACUUGAAGGCCUCAGAGCCUGGUCCUACGGUUCAGUCUGACCCCACACAGGGGCUUCAGGCUGGGGCGGGAGCUAACCCUGGGGGCCUGGAGCCACAGACAGAGACAGAGCGUGGAAGGGGGGAAGCCGAGGAGGGGAACGGGAAGGACUGUGAAGGACAAGAAACAGUGCAGACAGACGUUGCCCCUUCUGUUGUCGCUGAUGAUGGCCUGGCAGGAAGUGAGGUCACAGAGGAGGGCGUUCUAGGGGAGGAAGGAGCCCUGAGCACAGCUGUGAAGACUGAAAAUGAGGAGUGGACCCAGCCAGAACCAAACACACCCUGCCUAGACUCAGAAGACAGCUCCGGAUCAGGGAAAGAGUCCAAGGUAAUUGUCCUCUUUUCAGUAACACACACACCUCUACCAGGUGCAGUUGAAUUAUCAUCUCUCCUUGUGCAUCUUUGUGUAGGAAGUGAAGGAUGAGGAUGGAGGGAGCGACGGGGAUCCUGAUGAAGGAAUGGAGAUGAAGGAGUGUGGAGAGGGGGAGGGGCCCUACCUAUCAGAAGUAGAACCGGCAGCCAGUGAGAGCGAGGACGGCUAUGGCCCCUCCUCCCAACGCUACACCACAGCUGAUUCGCUAGCCAGCAGCCCCGCCUCUUCCCAGUUGUAAGUGUCCAACCAUGGUCCUUGUAUCCAUGGCAACUCUUAACCUGAACAUGCCAUCAUCAUAAGCCUGAAUAAAGCAAGUCAACUAAAUUAGGGGUGGUUUCUCUGUAGUAAGCUGUCUUGAUGGGCUUUUGUUCACUCUCAUCACAAUCCUGUCUAUCUGUCUCUCUCCCUGUCUCUCUCUCCCUCCGUCUCUCUGUCUGUCUCUCUCCCUUGACCUCUCUCCCCUUCUAUCACUCACCUUUCACCCUCCUCUCUCUCUCUCUGUCUCUCUCUCUCUCUCUCUCUCCCUUGACCUCUCUCCCCUUCUAUCACUCACCUUUCACCCUCCUCUCUCUCUCUUGUCUCUCUCUCUGUCUCUCUCCCUUGACCUCUCUCCCCUUCUAUCACUCACCUUUCACCCUCCUCUGUCUGUCUGUCUCUCUCUCUCCUUCUCUCUCUGUCUGUCUCUCUCUUUGUCUGUCUGUCUGUCUCUCUCUCUCCCUUGACCUCUCUCCCCUUCUAUCACUCACCUUUCACCCUCCUCUGUCUGUCUGUCUCUCUCCCUCUGUCUGUCUGUCUGUCUGUCUGUCUCUCUCUGUCUCUGUCUCUCCCUCCGUCUCUCUCAGUUCGAUAUGUGGGGAGGAUCAGGAGGCCGUUCAGGCUCAGAAGAUCUGGAAGAAAGCCAUCAUGCUGGUGUGGAGAGCAGCAGCCAAUCACAGGUCAGCUCUUAGCCAUUUUCCCAAUAACAGCCAAUCACUUAACAUGUCUGAGCUACUGUAGAGUUUGACGGAUCAGUUGUUGUUACCUUUGACAGGUACGCCAGUGUGUUCCUUCAGUCUGUGUCUGAAGACAUCGCCCCUGGUUACCACAGCAUUGUACACAGGUGAGAGUUCUAUAACAGUAAACGGUUUGUUUGCUAUUAUAUGUUAUGUGCGUAUGAAAAUAAAAGCUAUUUAUUUAUAAAACAAUGUAAGUACAUGCUAACCUUACCCUCUAAAACACACACACACAAAUUCAUACACAAACACACACACACACAUUCACAUCCAAUCCCUCCCUCCCCCUCCAGACCCAUGGAUCUGUCGGCCAUCAAGAAGAGUAUCGAGGCGGGUCAGAUCCGUACGACAGCAGAGUUCCAGCGUGACAUCAUGCUGAUGUUCCAGAACGCGGUGAUGUACAACAGCUCUGACCACGACGUGUUCCACAUGGCCCUGGAGAUGCAGAGGGACGUUCUAGAACACGUGCAGCAGUUCCUGGCCACUCAGCUCAUCAUGCAGACCUCAGAGUCCUCCAUCUCCACCAAGAGCCUCAGAGGCCGCGAGGGGGGCCGCAAGCCAGGGGAGUCAGUGGAGAAGGUAAGACUAGACACAUACGCAUACAGGUAACUGCCAAAAUUAUGGAAACACUUGAGUAAAUGAGGGAUGCAAAGUAUAUUGAAAGCAGGUGCUUCCACACAGGUGUGGUUCUUGAGUUAAUUAAGCAAUUAACAUCCCAUCAUGCUUAGGGCCGUGUAUAAAAAUGCUGGGCAGGCCAUUAUUUUGGCUACCAUGGCUAUGCCCCCAUAGGAUGACAAGUGGUCACAGAAUGGUUUGAUGAGCAUGAACACGGUGUAAACCAUAUGCUGUGGCCAUCUCAGUCACCAGAUCUCAACCCAAUUGAACACUUAUGGGAGAUUAUGGAGCGGCACCUGAGACAGCGUUUUCCACCACCAUCAACAAAACACCAAAUGAUGGAAUUUCUUGUGGAAGAAUGGUGUCGCAUCCCUCCAAUAGAGUUCCAGCCACUUCAAUGUGUUUCCUUUAUUUUGGCAGUUACCUGUACUCAACCACACACACGCACACCUCCGAGUCCAGCAUCGACACCAAGGAGCCAAGACAUGUACAAUUGACGCCGGACUGACUGUGUACCCAUCUCAUGACCCAAUAAUCUUAUCUUGCCUCUCUCCUAACCUCCCUGCCAUUACAGUUCCUCUGUAGGAGCAUGGAGCCUGUCUGUCUCCCCUCUCCAUUACUGUCUGUCUCCCCUCUCCAUUACUACUGUCUGUCUACUGUCUGUCUCCCCUCUCCAUUACUACUGUCUGUCUGUCUACCCACUCCCCUCUCCAUUACUACUGUCUGUCUACUGUCUGGGUCCCCUCUCCAUCACUACUGUCUGUCUGUCUACUGUCUGUGUCCCCUCUCCAUUACUACUGUCUGUCUGUCUACUGUCUGUGUCCCCUCUCCAUUACUACUGUCUGUCUGUCUACUGUCUGGGUCCCCUCUCCAUUACUACUGUCUGUCUCCCCUCUCCAUUACUACUGUCUGUCUGUCUACUGUCUGUGUCCCCUCUCCAUUACUACUGUCUGUCUGUCUACUGUCUGGGUCCCCUCUCCAUUACUACUGUCUGUCUCCCCUCUCCAUUACUACUGUCUGUCUGUCUACUGUCUGUGUCCCCUCUCCAUUACUACUGUCUGUCUGUCUACUGUCUGUGUCCCCUCUCCAUUACUACUGUCUGUCUGUCUACUGUCUGUGUCCCCUCUCCAUUACUACUGUCUGUCUGUCUACUGUCUGGGUCCCCUCUCCAUCACUACUGUGUGUCUACUGUCUGGGUCCCCUCUCCAUUAGUACUGUCUGUCUCCCCUCUCCAUUACUACUGUCUGUCUACUGUAUGGGUCCCCUCUCCAUUACUACUGUCUGUCUCCCCUCUCCAUUACUACUGUCUGUCUGUCUACUGUCCGUGUCCCCUCUCCAUUACUACUGUCUGUCUGUCUACUGUCUGGGUCCCCUUUCCAUCACUACUGUGUGUCUACUGUCUGGGUCCCCUCUCCAUUAGUACUGUCUGUCUCCCCUCUCCAUUACUACUGUCUGUCUGCUGUGUUUCUCACUUGACUGUCUGAACGUGUGUCUGUCUUACUGUCUGUUCUUCUAUUUGUACAAUGUUGUCUUGUUUGUGUUGUUUACUCUGGGUGUGUGUGGAGAGGUGUGUGUGUGUAUGCAUGUGUGUGGAGAGGUGUGUGUGUAUACGAGGGGUAAAUGUCACUGUGUGUGGGUGUGUGGUUCUCUCUUUUCUCACUAACUGUUUGUCCUCCUACAGGACAGUGUCCCAAUGGCUUCUCCCGCUUUCCUUCUCUCUCUCUUUGUAAGUAUUCAGGUCGAAGGUCACAACUCACCAGGCCAAGUCAAGCGCACGCUCUGUUUCUCCGUCUCUGUCACACACACCCAAAACACUAAUCUCAUAUUCAGAAAGGCAUAAAACAGUUUGCUACUCACUGACUACACCUGUAGUCAAACACUCACCUCUCAUAUUAACAAACACAUCCGUCACCGUCACUACAUUUUUAACAUUCGGUAUUUGAUUUUUAAAUGGACCCAUCCUGGUUGUGUGUACGUGUGUACGUGUGUUCGUUCAUUUCUCAACAAAUGCCUUUUUUGUGUAUCCAGUGGUUGUCUUCAACUUCUCGUCUGAUCCAUCGCUUUUCUUUCUUCUCUGGUUUUCCUCUGGUGGGAGAUCGUCUUGUGUUUUUAACGGGCCAACCACGAGCCAUCGCUGGGUUUUCAACCUGGUGUCAGACUGACCUUCACCCACCUCUCUUCCCUGCAGGACGGGGGCACAAGAGGGCGCCGCUGUGCUAUUGAAGCAGACAUGAAGAUGAAGAAAUAACCAGAGAGUCAAAAGGCAGUAGGACAGUAGGGUGCCAACAGGCCAGAGGGCUGUAGGUUUAAAGAGAGACUUGAUGUAGUGAUUGGACGAUUUUAACCAGAGAAUGUUUGGUGGAGUUGUUACUGUUCUGUGAAGUUGGUUGUUUGAGUUUAAUCAAAGAGUUUUCGGUUCGAUGGUGUGUGUCAGAGAUAGGGCGAGCAGGGCUGCAGUCUUCUGGUAUUCUCUCCAGGCCAUUUCUGAUUUAUCAUUGUGUACCAUAGUUGUGUACUGUUUAAUUAACUAACUUAAGUCUAUGAUUGUAUUUAAAGCCAGUACACUAGAUAUCCAGACAUCAUAUGAUUCUGAUUGACAGUUGCCACUGGUAACCAGCAGACACUGCAGCCCUGGAGGACUGAAUCUGUUUUACUACUGCAGUACUACAGUAGUACUAAAGUACUAGUGACUGACUGACUUGGGGCCCCAUUGUUUUGUGUAUAGGAUGUAGCCAACUGCAAAAUAUGCUGCAAGGAAUCAUGAU